CGGGCUGUCAAGCCGCGUUUCAGCAAGCUAGGUUAUUGCCAAACCAGUCAAGCUGCCAACUACAAAUUGUAUGGUUUAGCAAGACAAUGCGGUGCCUAGCAAACACCGCGAUCUCGGUGUCUCUCUAUCUCUCUCGUGUCUUUGUGUGAUCACGCAUCGCCUAGACACACUCCCUUCCAUUGUAAAGGUCUCCGACGACGCGACCACGUGGCCACAGCCGUCGUUCUUUCAGCUCUCUCUUCAGUCGUCGGCGACACUUAAGCGACCACACGAGGGAGGUGUCUCAGAGGGGCUUGGAGCGACCGACAGCGAAGAAGGAAAUUCACCGACGGCUGGCUGGCGUCAAAAAUGAAUCUUCCGUCUUGUUUCAUCGCCCUGCGAUUGUUCGCGACGCUGAUACUUCCCUCUGAAAGUGCGACGAUCAGCAAAGGGCUACGAGAGGUUAUGAAAGGCGGAUGUAAUGAAACGACGCACUACUUGUCAAGCAGUGGCAUCUGUUGUGAGCUCUGCCAAGCAGGUAGCAAGAAGGUGAUGGAUUGCGAAUCCAACACGAGCGGCACGUUUUGCACGGCUUGCCGCGUGGGACAAGGCUACACGGAUGAACCGAACAGCUCCAACGAGUGCAAGAAGUGCACCGUUUGCAACGUGAAUUCCGAGGACACCGAGAGCAGAUGCACCACCAGGCAGGACACUCGCUGUCGCUGUAAAGACGGCUUCCAGAGGACUGCCCCAUCGGAGCCCUGCACGGACGCGGAGGGAGACGCAGGUUCGGUCGACCGCACCCCCGCGGCUCUACGGCGCUCACAAUCGGCGCUGGCGUGUCGGGGAGGGUAAGGGGGACACGCACGGGGAUUGUGAAAUGCUACGUGGGAAAGGUGAACGACAACUGUGAAGAGAAGUGUAGUGUACAGUGUAGUGUAUAGUGUAGUGUUUAGUAUAGUGUAUAGUAGUGUAGUGCAUAGUGGUAUAAGGUAUAUUGUUGUGUAAAAGAGUGCAAUGUAUAGUGUAGUGCAUAUUAGUGUAGUGUAUA